AGACUCUGAACCUCUUGGAGCCAUGAGGGCAAUACUGUUGGCAGUGGUUUACAUCCCGCUCAUCGUGGCUGUGGAACGAAUCCCUUUGAUUCGAUUCAAAUCUAUCAAGAAACAGCUGAAGGAAAAGGGAGAAUUAGAGGAAUUUUGGAGGAAUCACCACCCUGAUGUUUUUGCCCGGAGGUACCUGCAUUGUUUCCCUGCAGAUAUUGCUUUAUCAGUAGGAACUGCUUCAGAAAGGCUGUAUGAUUACAUGAAUGCUCAGUACUACGGGGUGGUGAGCGUGGGGACACCGCCACAGAGCUUCACCGUCGUCUUCGACACCGGCUCCUCCAACUUCUGGGUCCCGUCUGCCUACUGCAUCAGCGAGGCCUGCCGGGUACACCAGAAAUUUAAGUCCUUCAAGUCAGAUUCAUAUGAGCAUGGAGGGGAAGCCUUCUCCCUGCAGUACGGCUCAGGACAGCUUCUGGGCAUUGCUGGCAAAGACACACUGCAGAUAAGUAACAUCUCCAUCAAGGGACAGGACUUUGGCGAGUCAGUGUUUGAGCCAGGAACAACUUUUGUCCUUGCCCACUUUGAUGGUGUUCUGGGCUUAGGCUACCCCUCCUUAGCAGUGGGCAACGCUCUGCCUGUGUUUGACAGCAUCAUGAACCAGCAGCUGGUAGAGGAGCCAGUCUUCUCUUUCUAUCUGAAAAGAGGAGACGACACCGAGAACGGCGGUGAGUUGAUUCUGGGGGGAAUAGACCAUUCUCUCUACAAAGGUUCAAUCCACUGGGUCCCAGUCACUGAGAAAAGCUACUGGCAAAUACACAUGAACAAUAUAAAGAUCCAGGGCCGGGUGGCAUUUUGCUCCCACGGCUGUGAGGCCAUCGUUGACUCGGGCACUUCUCUUAUCACUGGCCCCUCUUCACAAAUCAGGCGAUUGCAGGCAUAUAUUGGGGCAAGCCCAUCAAAUACUGGAGAGUUUCUCGUAGACUGCAGAAGACUGUCGAGCUUGCCUCACAUUAGCUUCACGAUCGGACACCGCGAGUACAGGCUGGCAGCAGAGCAGUACAUCAUAAAGGAGUCUAUUGAUGACCAAACCUUCUGCAUGAGUGGCUUUCAGUCUCUCGACAUCCCCACUCGCACGGGCUCGCUCUGGAUUUUAGGAGAUGUCUUCAUGUCUGCAUUUUACUGUAUUUUUGACCGUGGGAAUGACAGAGUGGGAUUUGCAAAAGCUGUUCACAGAAAGGAUUACUACUGAGCUGUAAUAGCAUUUAUUCUGUCUUAAGUUAAUGUAAUGAUUUUCAACACAUGUGUGAAGAAGAGCUUUUACUGCAACUCUGGACCUAAAUGAACAUUGUGUUGUUCCUCUCUAAGUUUUAAGGACUUUGCAGUGAUCCUUGUCCCAGACGAUAUAGUUUGGUUAAAUAUCUAUAUGUUUACAUCAGUGAAACAAUUUUUCCUGAGUAACUCAUGGACACUACAGCUCUCAGGAUAAAGCAGCAGAGCCAGUCAGCGCUCAGAUUUGCAAAAGAUCAGGAAGAAUAAAAAUGCUGAACUGUGCCAGGCUGAAAAGACAGCAGCUGUGUGUGGGGAAAACUAAUCCUAAUUGUGCCUGAUCUGGCUAUCUCUUUUUUCUUCUUGUGCACUAGUUUUCACCUCAUUUCCUACAGCUUUCCUUUCCCAUCAGUAUUUUCCAUGGUUUGGGUUUUGUUCAAUUUUAUUUCCUGAGUGCCAUGGAAAUUCUCUUUAAAUUAGCUUGCUCCAACCAGCUUAUAUAAAAGGGAAUUUGACUGAUGCCUGUGUGGCAUCACCACUAAUUUCAGCUACUGUUCCUUGCACAGUUUCCUGCUCCUCAUGCCACCUCUCAGACCUGCUUUUUCCCUGGGAUUCAUAAUACCUUGAUAACUCUCCUUUUUUGGGUCUCAGCAUUUGAUGUCUGUGCCUUAGGUCAGAUGCUGCAUUUAGUGCCUGACUCCUCUCCCCCUGGGCAGUGUGAGCAGCUGGAGCAGCAUCCAUUCACAUUAGAAACCCAGAGUGCAGCCCGUGCAAAGGGAUACCAGUGUUCCUCCCCCUCAGAUGAGUUAUGGGGCCCGCUCACCAGCACUACACUACUACUGCCCCUUGCUCAGCCACUUCUUGUCACCAGUGGCAGGAGUUUCAGAUGGAACAGCCACAGGUACCUGUGCUGAUUUGGCAAAAGAGUCACCUAAAUUCUACCCAUUGAGUUAUUUGUUUGCUAAACCCCAUACACAUGAAUAAAACUUGACCAAACA